AUGUCUUGCGCGGUUCCCGAUAUGCCUAAUUACUUUGUCUUUCUCGGUCCCAACGCCCCUAUCGGUCACGGCAGCGUCUUCACGAUAACCGAGCUGCUCGCAAAGUACAUCGCCGGCAUCAUCAAGAAAUGCCAAACUGAGGGCAUCAAAUCCAUCAGUCCAAGCCUCGACGCAGUCAAUGAGCUUCACGAACAUACUCAAGCCUUCAUGCCGCGAACAGCGUGGGCAGGGUCCUGCAGAUCCUGGUUCAAGGGCGGUGCUGUGGAUGGACCUGUCACGGCGCUGCAUCCCGGGAGUAGAAUCCACUUUUUCCACAUGUUGGAGAACUUCAGAGGCGAGGAUUGGGAUUAUGUGUAUGAGAAGAAAAGAAAUCGGUUCACGUAUCUAGGGAAUGGGAUAUCGAUGAAGGAGCUUGAUGGGUCUGAUUCAACUUGGUAUCUGAAUGAUCCUGAUGGUGAAGAGAGAUAA